AUGGAACCGCCUAAGUCUAUAAAGGAUGUUCAAAAGUUAACAGGAAGAAUCGCGGCACUAGGGAGUUUCAUCUCGAAGUCAGGGGAUAAGUGCUUGCCCUUCUUUAAGGCUUUGAAGAAAGUUAAAGAUUUUGAAUGGACAAGUGAGAGCCAAGAGGCCUUUGAGCAGUUGAAGAAGUAUAUGGCAGAGCCACCACUCUUAUCAAAGCCUGUAGAUGGAGAAACAUUAUAUGUCUACUUGGCUGUGUCUGAGAAAGCACUGAGUGCGGUCUUGUUUGCCUUAGCCAUAUUUAUAGCUUCAAGAAAGCUGAGGCCUUACUUCCAGGCUCACAAAAUUGAAGUCUUGACAGAACAACCCCUUAGGAACAUAAUGCAUAGCCCGAAGGCUAGUGGAAGAUUAAUCAAAUGGGCAGUAGAGCUCGGGGAAUUCGAAAUUCGAUACAAACCAUGGGUGGCAAUCAAGGCUCAAGCUCUAGCUGACUUCCUCGUUGAAUGCACCAUUGACCACAAGGAAGUCGAGGGGCAGGAGAGUAAGGUAGAGGAACCCAAAGAAGAGGAGAAACCUAAAGAGUAUUGGUUACUAUUUUUUGACGGAGCUUCAAAAACAAAAAAUAGUGGCGCAGGGCUGGUGCUCCGAAGCCCGGAUGGGUUCACGGUCGUGUACGCUAUCAAGUUAGACUUUCCAACUACCAACAACGAAGCUGAGUAUGAGGCCCUUAUAGCUGGAUUGGGAUUGGCGAGAACCCUAAGGGUUAAAAACCUGAAAGUCUAUGGGGACUCAAGGCUUGUGGUGUCACAGGUUAAUGGAGAAUUUGAGGCACGAGAAGAAACAAUGCUGAGAUACUUGAGGAUUGUUAAAGCUCAGAUGACACAAUUUGAAGAAUGUUUGGUAGAACAUAUACCCAAGGAAGAGAAUGCAAAGUCUGAUGCCUUAUCCCAGUUUGCAUCCUCGGAAAAUGAGGUGUGCUCGGGAAGUGUUUACUAUCAGGUUUUGAAAACCCUAAGUAUCAAUGCCAAGCUGGUAGCCCCAAUUCACACAGAGGCCACAUGGAUUGAUGAAAUCAAAUCGUAUCUUGAAACUGGACACCUACCACCUGAUGCUGGGGAAGCACGAAAACUACAGGUAAGAGCUUUAAAGUAUGCACUGAUUGAGGGGAUUCUCUAUAAGAAGUCUUUUGUUAUACCAUAUUUGAAGUGUUUAAGGCUAGAUGAGGCCCGGGAAGCCCUGAAAGAGGUUCAUGAAGGAAUUUGUGGCCAGCACCUAGGUGGGAGAGCCCUGGCUCACAAAGUUACUCGCCUUGGGUUGUUUUGGCCAAAUAUGCUGAAGGAUGCGAAGGAUUAUGUUAAGAGAUGCGAUCGAUGUCAGAGAUUUGCACCUGUUGUGCACCAGCCCCCAGAGAUGUUGACAUCCAUUAACUCCCCGAUUCCCUUUGCUAUGUGGGGGAUGGAUAUCCUAGGGCCGUUUCCACUCGCCAGUGCUCAAAGGAUGUUUUUGUUAGGGUAUGGCAUACCUCGAGUCUUGGUUACUGACAAUGGAGCCCAGUUCAACAGUACAGAGUUUGUAGGAUACUGUAACGACUAUAGCAUUGAGCUACGAUUCACUUCGGUUGCCCACCCUCAAGCCAAUGGGCAAGCUGAAGUAGCCAAUAGGAUAAUCCUUGAUGGACUAAAGAAAAGAGUCGAGAAAGAGCAUGGGUCUUGGGCUGAAGAGAUUCUCCCUAUACUAUGGGCAUAUCGAACAACUUGCAAGGUCUCCACCGGAGCAACCCCGUUGCAGUUAGUUUACGGAACUGAAGCCGUGGUGUCACUUGAGAUAACUCAUACCUCCCCCAGGGUCCAGCAGUAUGAGCCCGAAGCCAAUGAGGAAGGAAUGAGAGUCGCACUCGACAUGAUCGAUGAGGUCCGAGAUGAGGCUAACGCCAGGAUCGUUGAGAGCCAAAAAUGA